GCGGCGGCGGCGGCGCCGAGGGACUCGCCUCAGGUUUCCAUGGCUGCAGAAGUGCUUUUGGAACCUAAUCAGGGAAGUGUGACCUUUGAGGAUGUGGCCCUGUAUUUCUCCUGGGAGGAAUGGGCUCUCCUUGAUGAGGCUCAGAGAUGCCUGUACCACGAUGUGAUGCUGGAGAAUUUUGCACUUACAUCUUCAUUGGGCUGUUGGCAUGGAGUAGAAGAUAAGGAAGCACCUUCUCAACAGAGCAUUUCUGUGGAUGGAGUGUCACAGAUCAGGCCUCUCAAGGCAGGUUCAUCUCUCCAGAAGGCCCAGCCCUUUGAGAUGUGUGGCCCAAUCUUGGGAGAUACUUUGCACUUGCCUGAGCACCGGGGAACACAUCUUGGGCAGAACCCAUACACGUGUGGGAAUCAACUCUAUUUCUCUGCCAACCUUCAACAGUAUCAAGGGCAGCACAUUGAAGAGAUACCCAUCAGAAGUUCUGUGGACAGAGCCUUGUUUAUAAAGAGCCACACAACCCAUCUGUCAGGGAAAUCCUUUUCCUAUAGAGAGAUAAGGAAAGACUUCUUAGCCAGCACGAGAUUUUUCCAUCAACCAGUCACUCACACUGAAGAGAACCCAAACAACAAUAAUGAGUGUGAGGCUGUCUUUCACAGUGGAAAAAUGCAUCACAACUGGGGAGAAGGCAGGAAAGCCUUCAGCUGCAGAGACACACUUGUUGAGGACCAAGGAGUCCACACUAGAGAAGGGCUUUAUAAUUGCAGCAAAUGUGGAAAAGCCUGUACCCGAAGAUGGAACCUCAUUGAGUACCAGAAAGUCCACACUGGAGAAAGGCCUUAUAAAUGCCAUAAAUGUGGGAAGUCCUUUACCCAGAGCUACAGCCUCAAUAGCCAUAGGAAAGCUCACACUGGAGAAAAAUUUUAUGAAUACAGGGAAUGUGGAAAAUCUUUUAGUCAAAGAUCCAACCUCAUUCAGCAUCAGAGAGGUCAUCCUGGAGAACGGCUUCAUCAGUGUGAGGAAUGUGGAAAAUCCUUUAGUCGAAGCUCCACUCUCAUUCACCACAGGAGACUUCAUACUGGAGAAAGACCUUAUGAGUGCAGUAAAUGUGGGAAAUCCUUUAAGCAAAGCUCCAGCCUCAGUUCACAUCGGAAAGUCCACACAGGAGAAAGGCCUUAUGAGUGUCAGGAGUGUGGAAAAUCAUUUAGCUGCAAAUCUAACCUCAUUAUCCACCUGAGAGUUCACACUGGAGAAAAGCCUUAUGAGUGUCAGGAAUGUGGAAAAUCCUUUAGCUGCAAAUCUAACCUCAUUAACCACCUGAGAGUUCACACUGGAGAAAAGCCUUAUGAUUGUGGAGAGUGUGGAAAAUCCUUUAGUCAAAGAUCCAUCCUCAUUCAACAUCAGAGAAUUCAUACUGGAGAAAGGCCUUAUGAAUGCCAUGAAUGUGGGAAAUCUUUUAGCCGAAAGUUUAGUCUCAUUUACCACCAGAGAGUUCACACUGGAGAACGACCUCAUCAGUGAAGAGAAUGUGGGAAAUCUUUUAGCUGCAAGUCUAACCUCGUUGCACACCUGAGAAUUCAACUGGAGAAA